AUGGAACUAAAUUUAUCCAAGAAUUUGAUGCCAUGCGGAGCUUCAGGGCGGAUGAACCUGGACUCUUCAACACUCCCGGCGGCGCGCGACAUGGCCUCCGCCUUCCACUCUCACAGCGCGCGGGACCCGCUGGAGCUCACGAGCAGCGAAUCAUCCGACACCGAGACCGCAGAAAAGGAUCGCGGUGCGGAAGUGCGCGGUGAUGACGUCACUGAGGACCCCCAGCAGCAGCAGAAGAAGAAGCAGCGGCGGCAGAGGACGCACUUCACGAGCCAACAGCUGCACGAGCUCGAGACCACGUUCCAACGGAACCGGUACCCGGAUAUGAGCACGCGCGAGGAGAUCGCGGUGUGGACCAACCUGACCGAGGCGCGCGUGAGGGUUUGGUUUAAGAACCGGAGGGCGAAGUGGCGGAAGCGGGAGCGGAACCAGCAGAUGGAUCUCUGUAAGAACGGGUACCUGCCGCAGUUUGGGGGUCUCGUUCAGCCCUAUGAGGACAUGUAUCCCCCCUACAGUUACAACAACUGGACAAACAAGGGUCUGGCCCCCAAAAACUUCCCGUUCUUUAACUCCAUGAGCCCGCUCUCCUCCCAGCCCGUGCUCUCCUCCCCGAGCUCCAUCUCCUCCAUGAGCAUGAGCAUGAGCAUGGCCUCCAGCAUGAACUCCAUCAGCAACCUAAACGGCCUCGGCGGCUCCUCCAUUAACUCCGCCUUGAGCACCUCCACCUGUCCGUACGGAGCCCCGCCCACCGCGCCCUACGGGGUCUACCGGGACACGUGCAGUUCGGGCCUGACCACACUCAGACUCAAACCCAAACAGCACCCCGGGUUCGGCUACGGGGGCUCGGCCUGUCAGUACAACAGCUGAUUAAUGCAUCCAUUUAUCCAUUUAUCCAUUUAUCCGUUCAUCCAUCAUCCGUUCAUCCAUUCAGUCAGCAGCGAAGAAAAAGAGCAAAACCGAGAAACAGAAGAAUAAACUGGAUGCGUUUUUGUUUCUUUGUGUUUU